AUGUACGAAGGGAUUGACAACCUGAAAUCCCUUUACGACCGUGCCGGAAAGACUUUCUCCAGCGGUCCUUCUGCGGCUCAGGAUGUGCCGCAUCGUACUGCUCAACCAGACCCAGUACGUCAACCAUCAGUUGGGAGCGGGGCUCCCAAGAAUCCCAGGACGGGGGAUAGCCGCGCCACCCGACGAGAUAACUCGGCCGACGUCCGUUCACGUCGCGGUGGUUCAACAGCUGCUCAACUAGAUAGCGCUGGCCACCGCGAGAGUCCUCUAAUGGAGGUGGAGGAGGAGGAAAGACGCUCUCCACACGAUCGUGGGGAUCCGUGUGUUCCCGAGAGCUUCUUUGAUCGCGUAACGCAAGGGUUACGCGGUGAUCUCGAACAUGAGCGGGACAGGCGUCUCCAACUGGCGGACGCUGUCUCGAAGCAUCGAGCUGAGUUUGCCUUUGCUCAGCUUGAGAACGAGAGAUCUCUGACAUCUCUUCGUGACGAGCUAAGGGUAGCUCGUGGGAUUGUUGAUCGGUCUCGGGAUGAGAUAACUGCUCUUCAGACCCUUGUUGAUGCCCACCAUCGGGAGCACAAGGCUCUCUGCGAGAUGCUUGAGCGCAAGGGCAUUCUUCAUCGGAAGAAGCAGCGUACUGAUGGUACGGCUUAA